UUAACGGUGACGCUCGAGGCGCAGCCGACGGACAACAGAGCCGUCCGCGUCACUCCUGCGCGUGCGCGGACGCGCGCUCCAGCCGCGUCAAUGGGCAGCGGUUUCGGGUCGGGCUGAAGCGGUCGGUUGCCCGUACCCGUAUCGCGGGGGGGGGGGGUUGUAGGUACAGCGCCGCCGUCCCGCUCCCCCUCGUCCAGCCGGCCCCACCCCGGCUCGGCUAGGUCAGGCCAGGCCCCGAUGCUGCUCUCGGCCGCCUGAGGGGAAGGUCGGCGUGGUUCGGCCGCUGUUUGAUGAGCAGCCGCCCGGCAGCGAGGCAGUCAGGCCUCGGGCUCAGCGGGAUGUUCGCGGCGGUGGAGCAAGGCCCGGUACUGUGCAGCGACUCCAACAUUCUGUGCCUGUCGUGGAAGGGCCGUGUGCCCAAGAGCGAGAAAGAGAAGCCCGUGUGCCGCCGGCGUUGCUACGAGGAGGGCUGGUUGGCGACCGGCAACGGCAGAGGGGUGGUCGGCGUGACUUUCACCGCUAGUCACUGCAGGAGGGAGCGCAGCAACCCGCAGAGGAUUAACUUCAACCUGCGAGGCCACAACAGCGAGGUGGUGCUUGUGCGUUGGAAUGAACCAUUUCAGAAACUUGCAACUUGUGAUGCUGACGGAGGAAUUUUUGUCUGGAUUCAGUAUGAAGGCAGGUGGUCAGUUGAACUGGUCAAUGACCGUGGAGCACAGGUGAGUGAUUUUACCUGGAGUCAUGAUGGUACUCAGGCACUCAUUUCAUACCGAGAUGGCUUUGUCCUGGUUGGAUCUGUCAGUGGACAGCGACAUUGGUCUUCUGAGAUUAAUUUGGAUAGCCAGAUUACCUGUGGAAUAUGGACACCAGAUGACCAACAGGUGUUAUUUGGAACAGCUGAUGGGCAAGUGAUAGUGAUGGACUGCCAUGGACGUAUGCUAGCUCAUGUACUACUCCAUGAAUCUGAGGGUAUCUUGGGAAUGUCUUGGAAUUAUCCCAGUUUCCUCGUGGAGGACAGUAGUGAGAGUGACACAGAUUCUGAUGACUAUUCGCCACCACAAGAUGGUCCAGCAUUAUAUCCCUUACCAAUCCAAAACAGCAAGCCACUGCUGACUGUUAGCUUCACAUCAGGGGAUAUCAGCAUGAUGAACAACUAUGAUGAUUUGUCACCUACUGUUAUCCGCUCGGAUAUGAAAGAUGUGGUGGUACAGUGGAGCACCCAAGGAGACCUGCUUGCUGUCGCAGGCAUGGAAAGACAGAGUCAAUCUUAUGAACCGGGCAGUGUUUCAGUCGUGAAAAAUGCUGCUGUUAAAUUCUUUAAUAACCAUGGAGAACAUAUUUACACACUGGAAAGUCCCACCCAGCGUCCUAUUACAGCCAUCUGUUGGGGUCAUCGUGACUCCCGCUUGUUCCUGUCUUCUGGACCUGCCUUGUAUGUUGUUCGUGUGGAGCACAGGAUUGCCAACUUGCAAUUAUUGUGUCAGCAGGCAAUUGUCAUUUCUCUUCGUGAUGAGAAAGACUUCAGCAAAUUAACGCUUCCACCUCGUCUUUGUUCAUACCUCACUGCUGCCUUUGUAUCAACAAUUAAGCCUCCAAUCCCAGACCCAAAUAAUAUGCGGGAUUUUGUAAGUUACCCAACAGCAGGAAAUGAAAGAUUGCACUGCACUAUGAAGCGUACAGAGGAUGACCCAGAAGUAGGAGGGCCAUGCUAUACCUUGUAUCUGGAAUACCUGGGUGGAUUAGUACCAAUCUUAAAAGGGAGGAGAAUUAGUAAACUUCGACCAGAAUUUGUCAUAAUGGAUCCUAAAACUGAUGCUAAAACAGAUGAACCCUUUGGCAACAACUUGAUUUCAAAUGUAAUUGACAGCUGUAAUUGUUCUGACUCCAGUGAUAUAGAACUUAGUGAUGACUGGGUGGGGAAGAAAUCUCCAAAGAUAUCUCGAGCAAGCAAGUCCCCCAAAUUACCCAGAAUUAAUCUUGAUGCUAGAAAAUCACCCAAACUUUCUCGGGCUAGCCAGGAGAUAUCAAAGUCUCCACGAUUGCCAAUUAGGAAACCUUCUAUUGGUUCCCCAAGCUUAACUCGUAAAGAAUUUCCUUUAGAAGAUAUCACACAGCACAACUAUCUUGCUCAGGUCACAUCCAACAUUUGGGGAACGAAGUUCAAGAUUGUAGGAUUGGCAGCAUUUCUACCAAGUAAUCUUGGUGCAGUCAUCUAUAAGACCAGCCUGCUCCAUCUUCAGCCGAGACAAAUGACCAUCUACCUACCUGAAGUGCGCAAGUUAUCAGUGGAUUUGAUCAACAUGUCUAUGUUCAAUCCCAGUGUUUUCAGUGAAGAUGAGGAUGAUCUUGCAGUGAAUGGAACAUCUGGAGCUCCUGAAAACAAUCCUCCUUGCACUGUUAAUAUUCCCAUUGCACCUAUCCAUAGUUCUGCACAAGCAAUGUCUCCUACUCAGAGUAUCGGUCUUGUCCAAUCAUUACUAGCUAAUCAGAAUGUGCAGCUGGAUAUUUUAACCAAUCAAACUGCUGUUGCAGGAGCCGUGGAACACACUUUGGACAGCUCUAGCCAGUAUGCAAUUCCCAAUAGGUAUUCUAACCCAGGGCAGGCUAUCUUUGGAAGUUUGGAAGCAAGCCGUCUGACAAGUGGAUCACAGCAGCCAUCACAACAGAUCUCAGGGAUGGUGCAGAUUCCUUCUCUGGAGCAAGUUGAAAGGGAGCCUGAACACACUCAAAAAAUCAAACCCUUGCGAACAGUGCCACAGUUGGUUGAAAGCGAUGCAGUGGUCUUCUGUACAACUCCUGAAGUUCAGUUAGCUAAGAUAAAUGCACAUCCACCUCCUCCAUAUCCAGGAACUACCACGGCUUCUGCAGCCAUUCCUGUCACUGCUCCAUCAGUCGAUAUCUGUCUGAAAAAAGCAGAUUUUUCCCUCUUCCCUACGGGGCACCUGCAAACCCCACUAGGUUAUGAAAGAAUCACAACGUUUGACAGCAGUGGGAACGUAGAGGAAGUGUGCAGGCCUCGUGUGAGAAUAAUGAGUAACCAAAACAUGUACACACUUCCAGGCCCAGGGCAGUCAUCGCUACGCCUGCCUUCAGCAGAUGCAAGGAAAGUACAGCAGGUAUAUGGGACACUCAAUAGGCUGAAUGUGUCUCACUGUGUUAUUCCCAGUGGAGAUCCACCACCUUAUCCUGAUGCAACUAUUAGGAGGCACCGUAUUGACAGUAAUACAUUACAGAUGCCAUUGCGAAGAAACAGCAAAGAUGCCACAGUAAAGGUGUCUCAGCUUCUAGAAUCCCAACGAGUUGUUCAACAUAGUCAUAAACCAAAAAGCAACUCCGUGACUGCACAAUACCAACAAAACACACUCCGAUCUCCCCCAGCUCUGUACACCUGCAGUCAAUGUAUCAGCAAUGGAAGUAACACCAGUAACAUUGUUAGACAGGAACUACCUACUGGAAGUGGCUCCCAGCACAACACUGUAAUUGUGCACUCGUCUAGCACAUCACCACUCUCUUCCCAGUCAUCUUAUAAUCUGCUGAGCCCUCCAGACAGCUGUCAUGAUAGAACUGAAUACAUUAAUAAUGCUUUCACUGAGGAUGAGUCCAUUUUACAGCCAUGCCAGAUUGAGAAAUCCAUCCGGCAUAUUUCGUUAAAUAAUGAUAUGACAAUGAGCAUGAAGCGGCCACCUCCAUAUCAAUGGGAUCCAGCAGGGGGUGAGGAGAUUUGGAUCCCACAGGAUAGACCAACUGCAAUUUCAGCAACAGUGAAUCAUAAACCUCCACCCCUCAUGCUGGACCAAUCACAUAUGGAAAUGUCACAUGUGUCAUUCGUUCCUAUUAAAUCUCCUACCAGUCCAACAGUAACUUUCCAAUCAAACUACGGACUGACUUUACCAUAUCCUAUAAGUUACACAGCAUCUCCUAUUGCAGCCUUCCAGGCAUCAUUUCCUCCCCCAGAAGCUAUAGGCCCACCACCAUAUCCACAACAAGACCCUUCAGUAGUUGUCCAAUCUGGUUAUCCACCAAACCUUACCUGUUGUCCAUUGCCACCAAUGUACCCAACCAGUAACACAUUUUCUAGUUUACAACUCCCCCAGAUUGCAUUGCACCAGUGGAAUGCUUACAGUGCUUGUUCUCCAAUGCAUAGUGCACAAGGGACUUUGAACUCAAAGCCACACUUGCUUGUUGAGAAAUCUGGAAUGCCUCCAUUUUCAACAGAGCUUCAGGAUCAUACGGGAACUGAAGUGAUUGUGGAAACAGCAGACAAUUUUCAAGAGGUUCUUUCUCUGACAGAGUCUCCUGUACCCCAAAGAACUGAUAAAUGCAACAAGAAAAGUCGUAAACGGUUAGACAGUCGGCCAGAGGAAACAAACAUGCAAGCUGUAACUGAAGGGAAGAUGAAAAAGGAGGCAAAGGCACUCACAGAUUUCAACUCCCUUAUUUCUAGCCCAAGACUAGGAAGAGAAAAGAAAAAAAUCAAAAGUCAAAAAGAUCAACUAAAAUCCAAGAAACUAAACAAAAUGAGUGAGUUUCAAGACAGUUCAGAGAGUGAGCCAGAGUUAUUCAUUAGUGGAGAUGAGCUAAUGAAUCAGAGCCAGAGCACGAAAAAAGUUUGGAAAACUAAGAGGAAUCUAAGGACCGCAAAUGAAACGGAUGAGCUGAAAUGUCGAAGAGCAAAUGAUAAAGAGGACGGGAAAUUGGGCAAUCAAGGGUUUGUGUAUGUGAUGGCUAACAAACAGCCACUGUGGAAUGAGGCAACGCAAGUCUACCAGUUGGACUUCGGUGGAAGAGUGACUCAAGAAUCAGCUAAAAACUUCCAAAUUGAACUUGAUGGGCGACAGGUGAUGCAGUUUGGAAGGAUUGAUGGUAAUGCAUACAUCCUGGACUUUCAGUAUCCAUUUUCAGCAGUGCAGGCUUUUGCUGUUGCACUGGCAAAUGUUACUCAGCGACUGAAGUGAAUGGGAUAAGCGGAACUGUUUUCUGGAUCUGAGGAACAGAACAUGCCAGAAAUGCACCUUGUAUGCACUGUGACUGAAAUGGUCUGGGUAGCUGUGCACUGCUGCCUUUUACUUUAGAGCAUCACAGAUCACCCAUUUAAUGUUGAAGUAACCAGAAGGGCAAAGAGCAUGCUUCUCGGAUGCAUGCCAGGAUGAUUGCAGUUCAGAGAACUUGCUGCUUUGUAGACCUUUGCAGUGGAUUUCAUGCUGCACCCUGCUUAUCCGAAUAACCCCCGUAGAAUAAGUUUACCUGUUGACUAGACUGCCUUAUACUAUAGUGCUUUUGUUUCUUGCAACAAUUACAGAAUUUUGUUUUCUCUUCAAUUUUUAAUAACACUAAUAAUACUUGAAUAAUACGGAUUCUCAGCACCGGAAUGAGAAGGUAUGGUAUUGAUAGGUUACUAGGGUUAUGUCAAUACUUCUAAGCACUGGAAACAGCAAUUUAAGGAGUUUAUAAAUUAAAAUGACAAGACAGUGUUUAAAACAGAGUUUUGAGGCAGUUUGUUUUAAUAUUCAUUGUUUUGAAAUUAGUAUUUUGUGUUUUGUUAAGCUGUUCUACUGCUAUCAAAAACAAGUUAUUGAGUUGAACAUGUUGAUACUAUGUCAGCAACUUUUAAACAAAAUAAUUUUUAUUUCUAGUGACGAUGAGUUGCACAUGUAUCCUUAAUAGCGGAUUGCUUUCCUGAUUGACAAGCAAACCACCAUUUUGGGGUAUAUCUGUAAAGUAGGGGGACCGAAUGCGCCUAAACUUGCAUGGUACUUUUACAGAAUGCUGGCUUGUAGUAACUUUUCUAUAAAUAUUUUGGUUGCGUAGCUUGUUCUGUGAGGUUUGGUUUAGGCAGUGACACAGGUGUUGGGGGUGGGGUGAGUUAUUGUUACGAGCUGUAGUAUUUGUUGUCUCAAGGUUAGGAAAGCUCGGAGAUGGUUAAAGUUUAAUGCAAUGUAAAUUCCUGAAUACUUAAAACUUGAUUUUGAAAUGUAAUUUUCAGCCACCAUUAUGAGUUGCAGUUCAAACACACAUGCUUGAAAAUACUAGGGUUUAUAAAAUCUUGAGAAUCGAAGAUUUUGUUAUACUUAUUCAACUUGACAUUUCCCAGUAAUAACUAUAUUUUUAAGUAGUAGCAACAGUCCCUUGUAUUAUGCAGACAUUUGUUGGACAAAAGCAGGUUAUUCAAUCUAAUAGGUCUGUGCCAUUGCUGAAAAUCCAUAUAAGCUAUUUCCCAUCUUUCUCACCCAUCUCAUCAUCUUCACUGAUCCCCACCCCUUAUUCUGUUUGUCUAGCUUCUCCUUAAUGAAGCUAGGAGUGGUGGUUCUAAUUUCCCACUGUUACCAGAGCAACGUUUCCCCUGAAUUCCUUAAUAGUUUUCUUCUUUAUUUUGGACCCCCCCCCCCCCGCCCUCCAUUGCAAAAAACAUUCUUUCUGUGAUCAACAGGAAUUCUGCAGAUGCUGGAAAUUCAAGCAACACACAUCAAAGUUGCUGGUGAACGCAGCAGGCCAGGCAGCACCUCUAGGAAGAGGUACAGUUGACGUUUCAGGCCGAGACCCUGCUGCGUUCACCAGCAACUUUGAUGUGUGUUGCUUCUCUCUGUGAUCUCAGCUUUUAAAGACAUCUAUCAGGUCAUCCUUUGGUCUGCUAUCACCUUAAGACACAGGAGCUGAAUUAGGCCAUUGCAUCAUAGCUAAUUUAUUAUCCCUUUCAAUCUCAUUCUCCUGCUUUUUCCCCAUAUGAUUCCCGGAUUGAACGGCUUAUCAUAUGAAGAGCGUUUGAUAGCUCAGGGCCUAUAUUCACUAGAAUUCAGAAGAAUGAGAGGUGACCUCAUUAUAACCUAUUGAAUGGUGAAAUGCCUGAUAGAGUGAAUGUGGAGAGGACAUUUCCUAUGGUGGGAGAGUCUAAGACCAUAGGACACAGCCUCAGAAUAGAGGGGCGUCCUUCUAGAACGAAGAUGAGGAAUUUCUUCAGUCAAAGAGUGGUGAAUCUUUGGAAUUCUUUGCCUUAGGCAGCUGUGGAGGCCAAGUCUUUAUGUAUAUUUAAGGCAGAGAUUGAUAGAUUCUUGAUUGGUAAGGGGUAUGAAGGGGAAAUUGGGGCUACGAUGAAAAUUGGAUCAGCCAUGAUGAAAUUCAGAGCAGACUCGAUGGGCCAAAUGCCCUAAUUCUGCUGCUAUAUCUUAUGGUCUUUGGUAACCUUUGACACCCUUACUAAUCAAGAACCUAUUAAUGACUUGGCCUCCACAGCUGUCUGUGGUAAUGAAGUCCACAGAUUCACCACACUCUUGUUUAAAGAAAUUCCUCCUCAUCUCUGUUCUAAAGGGCCUCAUAUUCUGAGGCUUUGCCUUCUGGUCAUAGACUCCCCUAUUGGAAACAUCCUCUCCAUGUCCACCAGGCUUUACAAUAUUUACAAUAUUUGAUAAAUUUCAGUGAGAUCUACCCGCAUUCUUCUAAACUCCAGUGAGUACAGGCCCAAAGCCGUCAAAUACUUCUCUUACAUAACCCCUUCAAUCCCAGGAUUGAACCACCUUCUUAUUCUUAUCAGUUAAGAAAAAGCAGUUUUACAUGUCUAACAGAGACUAAGAUUAUGCAUAUCAUUCCAACCAGGGUUCUGCAUAAGUUUAGUGUAAUUGCUGUGCUCUUGAAUUUGAUUCCACUGAAAUAAGACCCAGUGGUGUGUUUACACAUUAUAGUUACUUUAAUUAUUUGCAGACCUGCACCCUGAGAUUCCUUUGAGCUACUGCCUUAAAUAGGUUCUUGUUUUCCAUAGAAUAUAUGAGGGGUGAUUGAUAAGUUUGUGGCCUACAGUAGAAGCAGACAAUUUUAAAAAACCUAGCACAGUUAUUUUUCAACAUAGUCCCCUCCUACAUGUACACACUUAGUCCAGCGGUCGUGGAGCAUACGGAUCCCUUCUUUGUAGAAGUGGUCCACAGCAGGGGUGAUUGAUAAGUUUGUGGCCUAAGGUAGAGGGAGGUGAGUUAACAACUUCAAACUUUCUGCAUUAUCACUCAAAGAGUUGAACUGCACGUGCAUGUAACGAGAGCGUCUUGGACCUCCAAGUGAUCCACAGCGGGGGUGAUUGAUAAGUUCGUGGCCUAAGGUAGAAAGACAUGAGUUAUACAGCUCUCAUUACAUGCACGUGCAUUUCAACUCUUUGAGUGAAAAUGCAGAAAGUUUGAAAUUGUUAACUCAUCUCCUACCUUAGGCCACAAACUUAUCAAUUGCCCCUGCUGUGGACCACUUUUGGAGGUCCAAGACGCCGACCUCUACAAAGAAGGGAUCCGUAUGCUCCACGACUGCUGGACUCAGUGUGUAAAUGUAGGAAAAAUAAAUGUGAUAGGUUUUCUAAAGUUGACUUCUUCUACCUUAGGCCACGAACUUAUCAAUCACCCCUCGUAUGGAUUCUUUCAAUGAAGCACCUCAUACUUAAUCACAUUGAAGUUUAUUUUCAUUUGCAUGUGCUUUUAGCAACACAACUGUCAUUCUUUCUCCAUAUUAACAAUAUCACCUAUUUUGAUAUUGCAUACAAAUUUUGAUGUCAUAUUUCCAAUUCACAAAUCAUUUAUAUAAAUAGUGAUUAACAGUGGUCUUAAGGCUUAUCGACAUGGAACAUUAUUUCUCAUCUUUUCAAGUUACUGAUUGUUUUGGUUAGUUGCAAUUAAUUAACUUAAAUGAGUGUCAAUUACUCAUGUUUAUUAAGAAGGAAAAUUCUCCCUUUAUCACUUUGUCCCUCAGCUGCUAUUAUCACCCUUAUGAUUUAGCAGCUCAAAGAAUCAUCCUGAAACCUGGAGUAAUUGACAAGCAUUGUACUGUGACCCUGGGUCAUAUUGAAUCUUUAAGGUGGUAUGUCCUUUGUAAUCUAAAACUGCUUUAUUGAGGUUUUAGCAGUGACCACUUCCUUCAGUGCAGAAUGUAGGAAUGCAUAGAGGACCUGUAUACUCUGACUAAACAGAACUGUUUUGGGAAUUGAGAGGUUUGCACUUUGUCACAGGAACUAUUCAUGUUCAUAAACCUAUGGGAAACUGAAUGAUUUUUUUUCCCUCCACACUGGUUCAUUGAUUUCAAGGGAUAAUAUCCGUUGUCAGUAGGAAGAGGAAAAAGAUGUUAUUAAUUCACCAUUAUAUUAUUAAUACUUUUGAUACAUCCAUGUAAUACAUUUGUUGGCUAUUAAUUUGUACAAGCAAGAUGAGGUAGCAAGUAUUUCAUGAGAUUUUGAUAAGCAUGACCUUUGUAACUAGCAGUAGUGGAGCUAUCAUGCUCUUAGCUGUGAAGAUAAGAUUAUAAUCUGCACGCACUGUAAUUUUGUUUUGUUGCAAUUCAUCGUGAUAAAUCUCACUGCCGCUCAGUGAGAACCUUUAAACGAAUCAAUCACAAGGAGUCUUCUGGUAAUGUGAAAAUCAAAAGCUGCAGGUGCUGCAAAUCUAAAAGACCAAACACUCAGCAGGUCAGGCAGCACCAAUGGAGAGAGGAACAGAGUUAACAUUUUGUUUUGGUGUUAAGUAUGUGUGUUGUCAUGCUUGCCAUUGGCAGAGGACAGGAGCAAUAAGCAUAAUUAUCCCACCAACUAUGCGCAUCACAGAAGUUGUUGAUGGGUAGUGUGAUUUGAAGCAACAAUGAGGUUAUGCUUUUCAACUUGAUUCCUGGAGGAAUUCCAGCUCAGUGCUGUGGAUGAUGAAUCUUCAGAAUUUUCCAUCCAAGAAGCUCGGUUGCUGAGUAUGUUUAAGAUGGACAACAAUAGAUUUUUAGUAUCAAGGGUUAUGGGCGUAGUGCAGCAAAGUGACAGUAAGGUUAAAGGUCAGCCAUGAUCUCAUUGAAUGACAGAACAGGAGCCAUGACUGCUGCUGUUUGUUAUUGAGGAGAUCACUGUUCGGGUAUGCGUAUCAGUGUUAUGCUGAAAGAAUAACAUUUAUAUUGAUUAGUGCCAUCACUAUUUUCAUGCUGAACUUUCUUUAAAAUAUGGAGGGUUUUUUUUCAACAUGGAAAUGGCUCAGUCUGAAUACAAGUGGCCAAUGUUACAAUAGCCAGAACAAGAAGAUGAAGUAGUAUUGUAUUGCUUUACAUUUAAAGACAAGCUAAUGUUCUUUUUGUACUCGGUGUUGUCUAAUACACAAGGUUAUUAAAAAAGAUGUUUCCUGUCAGAAAAUAGCUUUUUGGUAGAAAUACCUCCUUGACCUAACUUUAUAAUUGUUAUUUAUUGUAAAGUUAUCCAGAUUCUUGGCAUUUAGCAAAAAUGUAUGUGUGUAUAUAUAUAUUAUAUAUUUUUAACAACCUUUUGGUAUCAAAUAUCAGGAUUACAGGAACAAAACCUGCAGUUUGUAGUUUAAUGUGGUAAUGCUACUGUUUUGGACGUAAACAUCUAAAUUCAGCUUACACCAAAAAUAACACAAGCAGUAAAAUAUGCACCUGGUUUAUUGUAAGUCUUUGCUAACAUACUUGCUCCAUUUACUGUGUUUCAUUCUGUAUCAAGAAAUAAAUAAUGACAGGAAAUAUGUAAUAUAAAUACAAUAUAUUGAUAAUAAAUUUUACUUUUUUAUUUCAUUUAGUUAAAUCUUUUACCUAAGAAAUUUAUAAACUUAACUGAAUCCAUGAAAAGUUUUUUUUUUAAUAUAGCUCAAAUUAGAAUUCUCAACAAUCCAGAGUUCAGAAUAGUGGUGGCAUAACUUAAAAUUAAUUUGGCUGAUUUUUGAAGGAAUACUAAAAGACUUUGGGUGAGUUGGGAUGACUACUGUGCACAAACAUAUUUGCCGAAAACGAGAACCAGGACAAAAUUGAUCAGUGAUAGGGUCUCAAAUGGUGUCAAGUAGCAUUUCCAGCUAGUUUUGUUUUUAAUUUAAGCUCGGAAAUUUAUUACCUUAACCUAAAGGUGCAAUGAAGAACAAAUAUUUUACAUUUGCUGCACAUCACUCAUCUUUCAUUUCAAAAGUCUGAAAAGAUCAGCCUGAUGAUUUGGAGUAUUUUCCAAGCAUUUCUAUUCAGUUUUGCGCAAAUCUGCAACCAGAGAUUUAAAGUUCAGUAAGAAGAUCAUCAAACUCUACACAGUUUUGUAUGUUGAAACCAUAACUAGAGCAGUGAAAUUUUAAUUAAUGAUUAUUUAAAAAAAGAAGCAUCAUGAAAUAAAGAAAAACUGAGUGUUUUAUAAGUAACCUGAAUAAUGUUUCCAAAAGUAGGCUUGCUCGAUUGGUGUUUGGGUAGUUGUGGUAUGGAUUGAUGGUUCUUUUUAAAAAAUUGUUUGUUAUAUCAGGGCUAGCACAAAAAUUUUGAAUUAUGCACUAAAAUGAAUAUCAGGACAGUGCUGCUGGAACUUUUAUAUCUACAGUGUAUGCGCAUAUUUUCACACUGUCUCAAUGUUUCUGAACAACGCAAUGCUUUAAAUACCAUAGGCCAAGUUAUACAUUUUUUUCAUGUCUAAAAAGAAAUUGCACCUCCAUCUUCAAGCUGAAUGGUGUAUUCUCUGUACUAGUGGACACUGGAUGCUGUGGCAAGUUAGGAUAGAAAUGCAAAGGCCUGGCCACAAAAAAGUACACUAUAUAGCAUUUAAAAUAAGUGGAGAAUAAAAUAGAAGUUACUGAGUUUGCUUUCACAUGAUACAUGAAGAUUAUAAAGUUUUGUGAUGUUUUACAUUAGUUACUAACAGCAGUUAAUAUAGUAACUGCAGUUAGUAUCUGUAGUGCUAUGCUAUAGAAAAUCAUCUUUUUUCAACUAUAUCUACAAGGAUGUACAACUACUUCAUUGUAAAAAGAAAUGCCUUUUGGCUCCAGUUAAUCUGGAUUUUAAAACUAUCAAAUUAAAUUUAACUUUUUAAACUCUAGUACAAGUAAAAAGAUUUUAAGAACAAUGCACUUCAGCACUACAACUUCAAAGAAAAUUUUUUGAGUAACACCAUAAGUUCAUGUAGUGGUUUAGCAAAGAAUUUUUUUUGAUGGUUUUAAAUGUGUUGAUUAAGCCUAAUGAAAUGUUGGUUCUACACUGCACAGAUUUCUGUGUACUGCAUUGAUGGGUUAUUUCCUUUUACUUAGGUGUGCAAUAUCUUUAAACCUAUUUUAUUUUCUCAUUUAAACACACAAUGCAUAACAUUGUUAUAAAUAGGAACUUUAGUUUGCUCUAGUGGUUUAUGGGAUUUUUUACAUUAUUGGUGGAUUUUAUAAACAGUUUCUGUAUUUAAUUAUUUAUAAAGAAUGUUUAUGUAACUAAUGUUGGUUAGAAACUUUGGGUAUUCUUUAAAUUUGUUAAUGUUGAUGCUUUGUUUAAUAUUAGCAUUAAGGGUUAUGUGCUACAAAGGUGUAGAAUGCUUUUGCAUUCCUAGAGAAGUUAUUACUGAUGAUGUAGUAUGUUAGAAUUGCACAGAUUGACUGUAAUAAUUGUAUGGAUCUUAAUAUUUCCAGUUGUUUUCUUUCCCUUUUAUGUUUUUAUUCUGUCCUCCUGUCACUUUAUUGUCCAAAUUUCCAAUGGAGAAGUUUGUAGCUGCUUUCAACUCUGCAGCUGGUAGGUUUUUGAAAACUCAUCAGUAUUUCUGAUUGUUAGAAAUUGAGUUCGAAACCUUUUGAGACUUGGCUUUCACAGUGCUGUCUUUGUGUAGCUUGUCUCAAAGUUAACUAUUUAAAAGGCAUUUGGAAUUAAAGCUGUAAACCAGUUUUGUCAAGUACUGUACCUUUUACAUUUUCUUUCUUUUACCAAUGUGCAGAUGUUUCAAUUUUUUAUUAUGAAACUGCACCUAUUAAUGUAAAACUUGACUGAAUAUUGACCAGUUAUUAAAACGUUUGAAAGUCUGGCUCCUGCAAUACAUUAAACUGUGAUACAAAACAGUUGUUUGAAAUCUGUCAUGCACAGAUCUCGGCUCCAACGGCUGGCACCUUUGUACUAGUUUUAUAAGGUACUGCAUUAGCAGGUACAAUAAACUGCCCUUUUUUUUAAAAAUUGAUUUCUGUAAGCAUUGAAAUGUUUGAUUGUAGCUUACUACUAAUUAAAAUUUACAGAAUUGGAUGUAAUUGUUUUCAUUGCUGGUUUUGUAAAAAAAGCACUAGUUGUACUUCAUAAAUCUCCCUUGUGUGCACGUUAUCUUUUUGUUAUUUUUCCCAAAGACCCUCUGUAAAGAUCCAACAGAUGAAUAAAUGGUGUGUUUCUAACAGAUUUACUUUUUAACCUGGUUGAAUUAUAUCUUUGUAUAUCCAUCAAAAAUAAUAAAUUCUUUCAGACUCUUCCUUAA